GUGGCGCUAAUACACCGGGUAGUUUAGUCAUGCAGAAGAAUCAUACCCGGAAGUACGGUGAUGCAGUAACGCAGACAGUCGGCUUAUUUACCUUUCUUCAAAACAGUCUAGCUAGCUAGUUACUGUUAAAAUGGCAACAUAUAGGAUUUCUGCAUGUAUUUGCCUUCGUUAAGAUGGCUGGUUUCAAAUCGUUUCACGACCAGUAAAUUGUUCAACUGACGUGAGUGACCUCCAGCUGAUGUGAACGCAAAAGAACAACAAUCAGUAACAUGUCGGCAGAAUUCACUCUUCCCGGUUCUGACCGACCAAUAAUGGAUGAGGAUGAUGUUAACAACCAGCCCAGCCCGUCCCCAUCCCACAGCCCCCCUGCAUCAGGAGAAGCUGAUCAAGAGGACCAAACAGAACCAACCAAAACCUUUUCUCACGGUUGUCUGGACUGUGGGAAAGAGUUUUCCCGCCCAUGUGACCUGGUGAGACACCAGAGAGUACACACAGGGGAGAAGCCCUACCCCUGUCCUGACUGUGGCAAGAGGUUCGCCCACUCAGGAGGCCUCCGAGAACACGAGAGGAUACACUCCGGAGAGAAGCCUCACUCCUGCUCUGUGUGUGGGAAGAGCUUCACCCAGAAGGGAAGUCUUAGAGUUCACCUACGGACACACACGGGGGAGAGACCUUAUUCUUGCGCCGUCUGUGGCAAGAGUUACACCCAAAAUGAAUUUUUGAAAGUGCACCAGCGAACACACACGGGAGAGAGGCCCUACUCCUGUUCUGUGUGUGGCAAGGGCUUUGCUCAGAUAGGAAACCUGAAGAAACACCAGAGGAUUCACACCGGGGAGAAGCCUUACCAGUGCCUGGAGUGUGGCGCCAGUUUCACCCAGAAGGACAGCCUGAAGAUGCAUCAGAGGUCUCACACGGGAGAGAAACCCUGCGUCUGCCCCGAGUGCGGGAAGGGUUUCCGCGACAACGGGCACCUGAAAGUCCACUUGAGAGUGCAUACAGGGGAGAAGCCGUACUCUUGCCCCGACUGUGGGAGACGGUUCAGCCAGGCAGACGUCCUGAAGAGACACCAGAUGGUGCACACAGGGGAGAAGCCGUACUUCUGCGCCCUGUGUGGGAGGAGGUUCGCCCAGCCUGCCACUCUGAAGUACCACCUCCGGACCCACGCAAGAGAGAACCAGACAGGAGGGCCUCAAUGCUGCCCAGUGUGUGGACAGGACCUCCCUACAGAGCAGGCUCUGAGAAAACACCUACAGGCACACAUGGGGGAGGAGCUCGGUCACAACGGGGGACAGGAAGACGGGGAGGAGGAAGUUGGUGGUCUGAUCAAUUCUGAUGGAGAGGACGUUGGCUGGGACCCUUCUCAUCUUAGAGAGAGUCCUGUCCGUGGCUCCGGUAGUGAAGAAAGUCCUCCUACAUCAGACAUCAACAAGAAUCCGGGUGACCAAUCCGGAUUCGGAUCGUCACCUGACGACAGAAAGGCCUUCAGUCAGACACUGGGUCCUGACGACAGAGAGGCCUUCAGUCAGACACUGGGUCCUGGCGACAGAGAGGCCUUCAGUCAGACACUGGGUCCUGACGACAGAGAGGCCUUCAGUCAGACACUGGGUCCUGACGACAGAGGGGCCUUCAGUCAGACACUGGGUCCUGACGACAGAGAGGCCUUCAGUCAGACACUGGGUCCUGGCGACAGAGGGGCCUUCAGUCAGACACUGGGUCCUGACGACAGAGAGGCCUUCAGUCAGACACUGGGUCCUGACGACAGAGGGGCCUUCAGUCAGACACUGGGUCCUGACGACAGAGGGGCCUUCAGUCAGACACUGGGGAUGAACAUUAAAGUAGUGGAGGAGGAGGAGCUGGAGGACUUGAGUCAAACUGUUGGGAUGACGGUUAAAGAAGAAGAGGAAGAGGUGGAGCUGGAGGACUUGAGUCAAACUGUUGGGGUGACGGUUAAAGAAGAAGAGGAUGAGGAAGUCAGCAGAUUAAUUCAGUCCCCAGUAGAAGAAGUGAACUGGGAGGCUGUUGAACUUGGAGAGAGUCCUAACCACUGCUCAGACCGUGAUGAGAGACCUCCCCAGCAGGAGAAUCACACAGCUAAACACCAUCAUCACCACACAGAGAACACAAGCCACACUCCUGCUCCGACUCUAUUUGAAGGACCUGAUCAAAGCCAUUGAUUAGGAAAUAAUUAGGUUCAUGAUAUAAUUUAGUUACUGUACCCUAUUACAGAUAUGUAUGUUUAAUUAAUUGCCUUUGAUUUAAUAAAUCAUGGUUGCAACAA